GUUAAGCCGCACACAGAGUUCAAAGGUUUCACCAAUUAUUUUCGAAAAGUCAAUAAGGAGCGAUGGCCAAUGCGGUGGCUUGCAUCUGCAAUAUCAUACAUCCGUGUCGCAAUGAAAUUUCCGGCACUUUCGUGCUGCUCCAAUGGCUUGUGACGGGCAUCGCAGCGAUUGUUAAGGUGGUGCGCCCCGUCUGGGCACUGUUUGGCGUACGCACGCACAUACCGUUACGCGAUGAGGACUACAAUACCACGUGGAUGUACAUGGCGAAUGGCGAUGGCGAUGCGGAGUUGGCCUAUCUACUCGAACCGCCGCCAGAGGUCGAGCGCAAUAUGCCAAUGUUCAUACAAUUCGAAUACUAUACCGGCAACCCAACUCCCUUCAUCAGCAAUUUCUCCAUCGAACACUACGACGAAGCUACGCCGCAACAGCGUCAUGAAAUCGAUGAGUGGGACGAGCUGUUGGCCGAGUUCAAACCUGAGUUGGAUACAAAGAUGUUGGUGCACGGUUGGAAGUCGAGCACACAGAGCCGUUCGAUACAGUCGAUACGCGAGGCCUACACGAAGCGCGGUAAGCUCAAUGUGUUUGCCAUAAAUUGGCGCGAUCAGGCGGAUAGCAUUUAUUAUUUGAAGCCGGCGCGUUAUGCCAUACAUGUGGGACGCGCUGUGUCGCGUCUGAUUGAUUCGCUGGUGGAGGAGCGCCAAGCCGAUCCGCAGCGCAUACAUUUGAUUGGGCACAGCUUGGGUGCGCACAUUAUGGGCUAUGCCGGUUCGUAUGCCAGACAUCGCGUGGGACGUAUAACGGGACUUGAUCCGGCACGCCCCGCUUUUGAGAACUGUAUUGGGCCUGAGAAUCAUUUGGAUGCCACCGAUGCGGAGUUCGUUGAUGUAAUUCAUAGCUGUGCUGGUGUUUUGGGUUUCCAGAAACCGAUUGGUUCUGUUGAUUUCUAUCCGAAUGGCGGACGUGCACCACAGCCGGGUUGCAGCGAGUUGGCGAAGAUUUUUACUGGCUGCAGCCACGGUCGGUCUCAUGAAUACUUCGCCGAAUCUAUCAAUAGUGAAAAGGGGUUCCAUGCAAGUGCCUGUAAUUCCUACGAGGAUGUGAAAGCCAAAAAUUGCACUGGUGAGCGUAUACUUAUGGGAGAUCCAGUGCCGUUGCAUGCAAAAGGCGUAUACUUUUUGAAAACAGCUGACAAGCCUAACUUUGCCUUAGGAAUAAAGGGUUGUGGAGCUUCUUGAUAAUGUGAAACACGAUAUUAUAAAU